GCGGUCUCAACUGGCGAUUUCCUCAGCUUCGUCCAUCCCGGCGAAAACUCCGGUGUGGUGUGUUUCAAUGGCGCUCCGCGGGCAGACGACUCCGUUUGGACCCUAUGGUGGCUUAUUGGCAGGGUUCCUCAAUCCGGACCGUCAGUCUGAGAACCAGGAGCGUUUGGAGGCUCUUGGUGCAGGCAGUGGUGCCGCAGAUGUGGAGUACGAGCAGUUUUUGAAGGCGAAAGAGGUGCAGCGAGCCAUGUUCGCAGCAGAGAACAAGACCAUCGUCCACCAGUGUGCGGAUACUGACGUUAUUCAAUGCACGGAAGGUUCCAUUGCUUGCAUUGAUGGGAACCAGGCAGCAGCGCAUGUGGCCUACGCCCUCAGCGAUUGCGCCUUCAUUUACCCCAUCACGCCCAGCUCGCCCAUGGGUGAAAUGGUGGACGAGUGGUCAGCCCAAGGCCUCAUCAACUGCUACGGUCAAAAGCUGAGCGUCACCGAGAUGCAGAGCGAAGCUGGUGCUGCUGGGGCGCUGCAUGGAGCACUGAAAGCUGGGGCCUUUUCUACCACCUUCACAGCUAGUCAGGGAUUGCUCCUCAUGAUCCCCAAUAUGUACAAGAUUGCCGGUGAGUUGUUGCCCUGCGUGAUGCACGUGGCUGCACGUGCACUUGCUGGACAAGCUUUGUCCAUCUUCGGAGAUCAUCAAGAUGUGAUGGCAUGCCGUUCAACGGGCUGGUGCAUGUUGGCUUCUGAAUCAGUUGAGAUGGUCCAGUACAAUGCACUGGUAGCACACCUGGUCUCCAUGGAACGUCGUGUGCCCGUGCAGCAUUUCUUUGACGGCUUCCGCACCAGUCAUGAGGUGAAUAAGGUGAAACUUAUCGACUACAACACCAUGAAGCAGUUCAUCAACUGGGAUGCCGUGAAAGAGCACCACGACCUGGCCAUGAACCCUCGACAUCCCCACGUGCAGGGCACCUCCCAGGGCCCGGACAUCUUCUUUCAAUGCGUGGAGGCAGGCAACAGCUUCUAUGACAACUUGGCGGAUCUCUUUGAAGCCAAGUCCAAGUUGGUGGAGCAGAAGACUGGCGUGCGCUACGCCCUCUAUGCCUAUGAUGGCCACCCAGAGGCCGAGUAUGUCAUCGUGGUCAUGGGAAGUGGUGCUGUGACCUGCAGUGAGACAGCCAAGUACCUGCAGGAGAAGGGCGAGAAGGUGGGUGUGUUGAAGGUUCGCCUCUUCCGCCCCUGGGAUCGCACACGCUUCAUGGCAGCCCUGCCGACCACCUGCAAGCGAAUCUGUGUGUUGGACAGAACGAAGGAGCAGGGCUCUCAAGGUGAGCCGCUCUUUUUGGAGGUGAGUACCACCCUGAAGGCCAUGUCCAAGCCCAACAUUGUGUGCAUCGGUGGUCGCUAUGGCUUGGGAUCCAAGGAGUUCACUCCCAACAUGGUGCUGUCCGUCUACGAAAACUUGAAGAAGGACACCCCCAAGCCUCGCUUCACCGUGGGCAUCAUCGAUGAUGUGACGCACCUGUCCUUGCCCGUGGGCGACUGGCUGAACGUGUUGCCCAAGGGAACCACAGAGUGCAUGUUCUACGGCUUGGGAAGCGAUGGCACUGUUGGUGCCAACAAGAGUGCUGUGAAGAUGAUUGCCAUGGGUACGGAGUUGUAUGCACAGGCCUACUUCGAGUACGAUGCCAAGAAGAGUGGUGGCGUCACCAUUAGCCAUUUGCGUUUCGGCCCUCAACCAAUUUAUGCUCCGUACAACGUGCGUGCCGCAGACUACUUGGCAAUCCACAAGCCCAGCUACGUGUCGAAUUAUGACAUGACUCGCUAUAUGAAGCCCAAUGGAGUUUGCGUCAUCAACUGCUCCUGGAGUGUCGGAGACCUGGAGAACAAGUUGCCACCGAAGAUGCGACGUGAUUUGGCCAGCAAGAAGGCGAAGUUGUACAUCAUUGAUGCCACGCAGAUUGCUGUCAAGGCUGGUCUUGGCAAGCGAAUCAACAUGAUCAUGCAGAGUGUCUUCUUCAAGCUGAGCGGCGUGAUGCCUUUUGAGGAGGCCAUUGACAUGUUGAAGAAGAGCAUCAAGAAGAUGUAUGGCAAGAAAGGCGACAAGGUGGUGCAGAUGAACAUCGACGGCGUGGACGCCUCGGUGAGUGGCAUCACCGAGUGUCCGGUCCCACCCAGCUGGGCCGAGAUCGCUCUGCCUGGGGAGGCUGGCGGAUCUACCCAGGCUGCCAAGGGGCCCAGGAAGAUCGUGGAUUUGGCGCCCAAGCAGUUUGCAGAUGGAGUGCAGCAGCCCUGCAACAACUUGGACGGAAACUCCUUGCCAGUGAGCACUUUCGUUCCGGGUGGCCGUGUACCUUUGGGCACCAGCCAGUACGAGAAGCGAGGUAUUGCCAUCAACGUACCCAAGGUGGACAUGGAUCUCUGCACACAGUGCAACAAGUGCAGUCUGAUCUGUCCUCACGCGGCUGUCCGUCCUUUCUUGGCAACUCAGCAAGAGCUGAAUGCAGCACCCAAGGACUUCAGUGCUGGCAGCCGCGCAGCCAUUGGAGGUGGUGUGCUGGACAACUACCAAUACCGCAUCCAGGUGUCUCCAUGGGACUGCACGGGCUGUGAGCUGUGCGUUCGCAUUUGCCCUGCUGAUGCACUGAAGUUGGCAGAUGCUGCCAAGGUCAUUGAGGAAGAAGAAGCCAACUGGAACUUCGCUGUGACCCUGCCGGAUCGUGGUGAUGAGAUUGACAAGACCACGGUCAAGGGCUCUCAGUUCCAGAAGCCAUAUCUGGAGUUCAGUGGUGCCUGCGAGGGUUGUGGAGAGACACCUCACGUGAAGCUGAUGACUCAGCUGUUCGGGGAGCGUUUGGUCAUUGCCAACGCCACGGGCUGCUCGUCCAUUUGGGGCGGCUCCAACCCAUCCUUCCCCUACACCGUGAACUCCAAGGGUGAAGGCCCUGCAUGGGCCAACUCGCUCUUCGAGGACAACGCAGAGUUUGGCUUCGGAAUGCGCAAGGCCUUCAAGCAGCGACGCGACUACUUGGCGAACCAGGUUGAGGACACCCUGGCGGAUAAGGAGGUCCUGAUGAGAGAAGACCUCCGUGCUGCCUUGAAUCAGUACUUGGUGAUGCGCAAGGAGAACAUGCACGACUUGCUGCUUCCUCGUGGUCGAAGUAUCUACCACCAAAUCAUGGAGAAGUUGGUGCCACUUCUGGAGAAGGAGAAGGAUACGCAUGCCAAGAUCAAGAAUCUCUAUGAAUUGGAAGACAUGUUCGGACGCAGCAGCUUCUGGAUUGUGGGUGGUGACGGCUGGGCUUACGACAUCGGCUAUGGCGGCCUGGAUCACGUCAUUGCCAGUGAGGAACACGUCAACAUCUUGGUGCUCGACACAGAGAUGUACAGCAACACCGGAGGCCAGGCCUCGAAGGCGACGCCCAAGGGUGCCAUGGCCAAGUUCGCGGAGAGCGGCAAGCUGACGGCCAAGAAGGACAUGGGACAAUUGGCCAUGACCUACAAGAACGUCUAUGUGGCCAGCAUUUGCGUGCAUGUAAACCCGCAGCAGGCAGUCCGUGCUUUUAUUGAAGCCGAUGCCUAUCCAGGACCUAGCAUCAUCUUGUCCUACACUCCUUGCAUCAGUCAGGGAUUCCCAAUGGCCGAGUCCAUUCAGCACUGCCAGAUGGCGGUGGACAGCGGCUACUGGCCUUUGUACCGCUACAACCCCGAAGCGGCUGCGAAUGGCAACAACCCCUUCCAGCUGGAUAGCAGGAAGAUUAAGGGCGACCUCUUCAAGUUCUUGGCCAAGGAGAAUCGCUUCGCGGCAGUGAUGCGCCGCGAUCCGAAACAUGCGCAGGAGCUCGAUGACCGACUGCAAGAACAGGUGGUGCAGAAGAACCACUUGCUGCAGGUGCUGAACAAAGAGGACUUGGAAGGUCAAUUCCACAAGUUGGUGGAGGGUCUGUCGGAUGCCAAGAGCACUGCUGACAUGGUCACGGUGCUGUAUGGAAGUGAGACCGGAAAUGCGGAAGAGCAAGCCAAGAACCUCAUGCAGGACAUCAGGGCCCGUGGGCUCAAGGCCCAGGUGUCCUCCUUGGAUGACUUUGACUUCGAGGAGUUGCCAAAUCAGAAGAUCGUGAUCCUGGUGGUUUCCACCUGCGGCUUGGGUGAGUUCCCUGCCAAUUCCAAACAGACCUGGCUGAAGUUGCAGUCCCAGGACUUGCCGAUGAGCUGGUUGGCUGGCACCAAGUUUGCAGUCUUUGGCUUGGGAGAUUCCACUUACAGCCAGUUCUGCGUGGCAGCCAUUCAGUUCGACACGCGCCUUGGUGAACUGGGUGGCCAGCGCAUGCUGAAGCGCGGUGUGGGCGACGACCGCGAUGAGGACCGCUACUACACCGGCUGGGAGGCUUGGUUGCCAGAGCUCUGGAAGGUCAUGGGCUUGCCGCAGAUGCCCCUGUCCCAGGCGGAUGGCAAUUUGGAGGGAUGUGGCACAGGCAAGCCUCCUGUCAGUGACGAUGACAUUGUGCCACCGGGAGCUGCAAAACUGACGCUGUUGCACAACUCCUUGUUGGUUCCGGAGAAGUACGAUCGUGACAUCCGCCAUUAUGAGUUCAAGAUCGAAGGAACCCCUGUGAGCUACAAGACGGGAGACAGCUUGGCAGUAUGGCCCCGCAACCCCCUGGACAAGGUUGAGGAGUUCUGCAAAGAGAUGGGCUUUGAUGCCACGCAGAACCUCCGAGUUUUGCCGAUGGAAGGCAUUUGCUCUGGUGGUUUAGCCGUGUUUAAGAUCUUGGCGGAGCGGAAACAACAGAUCCAACAGCAUAGCGAACUUAAGGAUAUCGAGCUGAAACUUGCAAGAUCUAGAUGUGCUCGAAACUGGUGUCCACAGGAGCUGUCGGUGAGACAGGUCUUCAGCCACGUGUUGGACAUCUUUGGAAAGCCAAACCGAAAGUUCUUCGAGACUUUGUCCUUCUUCGCCAAGGACGAGGCCGAUAAGAAGGCGCUGCAGAGCAUCGUGGAGAACAGCGCGGAGGGUCAGGCGCUGUACCGCGACUUAACCCAGGACUUUGCACACCACGCGAAUGUCUUCAAGAAGUUCAAGAGUGCACGACCUCCCAUUGAGCAGCUGCUGAACAUGAUUCCAGUGCUGAAGCCUCGAAGUUAUUCCAUUGCCAGCAGCCCCUUGAUGCAUCCCGACAAGAUCCAGCUCUGCGUGGUGCUGGUGGACUGGACUGUGGAGAGUACCCAAGAGUUGCGAUUGGGAGAAGCCACAGGCUACAUGCGACAGCAGAAACCAGGCACCACCAUGAUGUGUGCAGUGCGGCAGAGCGCCAUCGUACUGCCGAAGGAGGCCACCAAACCCGUGAUCAUGGCCGGCAUGGGUACCGGCUUGGCUCCAUGGCGAGCAGUGACGCAGGAGCGAAUCUGCCAACACCGAAAAGGAGAAAAGGUGGGCCCCUGCCAUCUCUUCUUUGGUGCACGCUACAACGCAGAGUAUUUGUACAAGGACGAGUUUGAAGGUUACGUGAAGGAGGGCGUGCUGACGAUGCACACGGCCUUCUCGCGUGAACAGGCCCGAAAGAUCUAUGUGCAGCACAAGAUUGUGGAGGCGGGUCAGGCCGUCCACGAGUGCAUGCUGAAGCAGGAGGGCCACUUCUACGUGUGUGGCUCCGCGCGACAAGUGCCUGAGGACAUCUACACGGCCAUGAAGGAGGUGAUGAUGGCCAACGAGCGAGUGAACGAAGAUGAGGCGGAGGCCAUCUUGUCGAACCUGAAGAUGGAGGGCCGCAACUUGGUUGGACCUGGAUCCAAAAUUGGUUGCGCAGUGACGGCUUUGUUUGAUUCAUGGUGGGAGCCUGGAGGGUCACUGGAGACCAAUCCAGCGGUUUUUGAUCCCACAGGUCUUGUGACGCAGCCUCUUUUUUCGCGGGCGGUACGCAGAGCUGCGAUUGGCGCUGGCCAGCUGCACCUCAAAGAGAGGGGUCCCCAUGCGAUGUCGCUGACUGAAGCUCCAAAGGUCGACAGAUCUUGGCGCUCAUCACUUCAGAUUUUGGACGAGGCGCUAUCCAUCAGGAAGUUCCUGGGGCACGGUGUGGUACCAGACUUGAUCAGUUUCAGUGCCAGCAUCAGGCAACGGUGGAUGUUGGCGCUGGGCUUAUUUUGGCGUAUGAGCCUCGGUAACAGCCCAAAUCUGGUGAGCUUUAACGCUGCCAUCAGCUCAUGUCAGCAGGCGGGGAAGUGGCAGGUGGCUCUUCUUCUACUGACAAUUAUGCCAGCGGCCGAGAUUUCUCCGGACAUCAUCAGUUACAAUUCGACCAUCAGUUCUUGUGUCAGUGGCUUGGGAUGGGAAGUGGCACUUUACUUGAUGGAAGCGAUGUCUGUUGGUCUCAUUUUGCCCGAUGUCAUCACCUACAAUGCGGCCAUCAGCUGCUGUGACUUCGGUGGAUACUGGCAGAUUGCCAUGGAACUGAUGAAGGACAUGGAUCGCUUCCGUCAUGUCCCGGAUGUGGUGACGGUCAGUGCUGCCAUCAGCGUUUGCGCCAAGGGCGGUGAAUGGCAGCCAGCGUUGCAUCUUUUGUCGACCAUGUGCAAGAAAAUUAUUGCCUUGAAUGUGAUCGCCUUCAAUGCAGCCAUUACAGCCUGUGAGAAGGGAGUACAAUGGCAACUCGCUCUGGGCCUGCUGUCGGACAUGGAGCUCUUUCGGAUUUCGCCCGAUGUCAUCAGUUUCAAUGCGGCAAUUUCAGCCUGUGAGAAGUGCUGGCAGUGGCAACGAGCCUUAGACAUCCUAUCGUCAAUGUUCAACUUGAGGAUUUCGCCACAUGAAGUGACAUAUGGUGCGGCUGUAAGUGCCUGUGAAAAAGGCCGGCAGUGGCAGAAGGCGCUGCAAUUGCUGGCCGAGAUGCCUUUGAGGGAAGCUACGCCCAACGAAGUGACCUACGGGGCUACCAUUUCCGCAUGCGGACGGGGGGAACAGUGGCAGAGAGCCAUACAGUUGUUGAGCGAAAUGUUUCGCUUUGCUGCACCAAAUGCCAUUAUUUUCAAUGCCGCCAUCAGUUCUUGCGAGAAAGCAGGGCAAUGGCAGUUGGCUGUGCAGUUGCUCUCCACCAUGUCGGAAGUCAGGAUUUCUCCUGAUGACUUCAGCUUCAGUGCAGCCAUUGGUGCUUGCAAGCGAGGUGAGCAGCUUUGAGCUGGGUCAAAUAGAUCAGUUUCACAGAAAACUGGUAGCAGUUUCUAUUUUCUUGGCAAAAUUUUGGAAAUGGGUGCCAUGAGGCUACCAUCGAUUCUUGGGCACUGGGUUAUGUGACCUGGUGACUCGCUAUUCAUGGCAAUUUUUGAUGUCCUGGAUGCGUGGAAAAAA